AUGACGCGCGAGGCUGCUCGUCCCGCAAAGCACCCUCAGUCCCGGAACGUCCGUCAAAGAAGAACGUGCACGGACCCUGCCCGAUCAACGCGCACGUACCGCAUGCCCGGGCCAUCGAGCACGGGCCCGAACGUCGGCGUCGGUGGCAUGGACGCCAGCCUCGUCCAUGCCAAGUGGCACCACGCUCGCUUCCGCGGACAUCGCGCAGGAUAUGCCCGGAAGACCCACGGCGCCCCGGCCGCUGCCAUCGCACUCUCCAGCGAGGUAUAUAAGCGAGGGCCUGUGGCGGAGCGGAUGUGCUCGCCGAGUGAGCGCGCCAUGGCGACGGGCUGCGUGGUCUGGUUGUCGUGUACGGUGUCGAGGUCGUCGGUUCUCGCGCUGAUGGGCGAAGGGCGUCCCUGCGGAAGUCUUCGUCCGGAAGGACUUGCAGCUGACGAGCCUCGUCGAUGGCUGCGGAUCGUGGGGAGCGGGCAGCAACGACGCGCUGCACGAUUGAGGGGACCAUGUGCUGUAUGUCUAGAGUAGUGAGUACAGAUCGCUUGUGCUUGGGGAGAGGGGCGCGGGACGGGUCGUGGGCGUACGUACGUAGGGUCACACAGGGCGACUUGCGAUGUAUCCGGGCGUGCACCUUGCGCGUCGCUGCGCACUGCGGUCCGUGGCUGCGAGAAGUCAGCGGGCGGGCAGGAGAUCGCGGGCG